UCUCGGCCCCGCCCCUCCCUCCGCGCGGCCCCGCCGCCAUUUCGCUGCCCCGGAAGCGCUCGCGCCCCCCGUGCCCGGCGGAACAUGGCGGCCGUGUCGGUGCUGCGCGCGCCCGCCGGCGGCUUCAGCUUCGACAACUGCGCUCGGAACUCGCUCCUGGAGGCCGAGCUGGUGCAGAAGGGGCUGCGGGUGCCCGCGCCGCGCAAGACCGGCACCACCAUCGCCGGCGUCAUCUUCAAGGAUGGCGUCGUCCUGGGAGCGGACACCCGAGCCACGGAGGGCAUGGUCGUUGCUGACAAGAACUGCUCGAAAAUACACUUCAUUUCCCCGAAUAUCUACUGCUGCGGGGCGGGCACAGCUGCAGACACUGAGAUGACGACUCAGCUGAUCUCCUCCAACCUGGAGCUGCACUCCCUGUCCACGGGACGGCUCCCUCGGGUGGUCACUGCCAACAGAAUGCUCAAGCAGAUGCUCUUCAGGUACCAGGGCUACAUCGGGGCCGCGCUGGUGCUGGGGGGCGUGGACGUGACGGGCCCCCACCUGUACAGCAUCCACCCGCACGGCUCCACCGACAAGCUGCCCUACGUCACCAUGGGUUCUGGAUCGCUCGCGGCCAUGGCAGUGUUUGAAGAUAAAUACAAACCCGACAUGGAGGAGGAGGAGGCCAAGCAGCUGGUGCGCGACGCCAUCGCGGCCGGCAUCUACAACGACCUGGGCUCGGGCAGCAACGUCGACGUCUGCGUCAUCAGCAAGAGCAGGCUGGACUUCCUGCGGCCCUACGACGUGGCCAACAGGAAGGGGGACAGGUUUGGUAGGUACAAGUGUGAAAAAGGAACAACUGCUGUUCUCACAGAGAAUGUGGCACACCUGGAGCUCGAGGUGGUGGAUGAGACCGUGCAGACCAUGGACACAUCCUGAGCCCUGGGGGUGCUCUGAGAGCAGAAUAAAGAGGCUCUGCCCAA